AUGAAGCGCAAGAAAUGGUCGGAACUGGAAGAGCAGACGUUAUUAUCAAAAUAUUCCGACCUCCUCAAUUCAGGGACACUAGCCAAGCUGAAAACCAGGGAGAAGAAGUUCAAGCCCAUAGCGGACCACGUGAACUCCUUGCAUCAUAUACAAAACCCAAUAAGCUACCCCUUCAAGUGGUCCUGGCGUGACGUUUCGAUUAAAGUGCAGAAUAUGAGGCAUCAGUACUUGGGUGUGAAGCAGAAGAUUAGGAUUUCGAAUAAUGAGUUUAACUGGGGUGAUGGAGAAAUUCAUUGGGAAAAUUUCUUGAAGUAUAAAGAAGUGUUUGGUGACAUUGAGUUAUCUGAUUGUGUUAAUACUAAUAACAAUACUAGGCAAAAAUUUGGGGGUGAGGGUAUUUCUGAUAUUCUUGGUGAGGGGGGUGUGAUGGGAUUGGGGUAUGGGAUGGGUAGUGAAGAGAUGGAGGAUGAUGAUUAUGAAGAAGAAGAAGAGGGUGACGAGGAGGAGAGGGAGCAGAGAGAUGGAGAAUUAAGGGGUGAGGAAGGGGCAAAAGAGCAAAAUGAAGAUUUAGGCUUUGAAGGGGGGAGGAAAUUGAAGAAGAGGUUUAAGGGAAAGAGAUUAAGUAUGGUGGGUGCUAAAGUUUUGGAAUUGAAGGAUGUGAUUUUACGGAGGGAAGAUAAACGGAGAGAACAAGAAUGGUGUAAAGAAGAAAGGGUGAUGGAAAAUGAGAGAGCUCAAAAGGAUAGGGAAAUGCAGAGGGAAAAGCGGUUAAAAGAGAGGGAAGAGGAGAUUGACGAAAAGGAAAUAGAAUUGGAAGAAAGGCAGCUAAUGUGGGCGAAAAGGGAACUUGAGAAAAGGCUGAGGUUAGAAAGGGAAUUCGAUGAGGAGAAGAGGAGGCGAAUGAAGCUCGAGGAGAAGUGGGAGGAAGAAGAGGUGGAAUGGAGGGAGAGAAUGGUCGGAAUGCAGAUUGAACACGAGAAACAGAUGAUGCAAAUGCAUGCUGAUGCUUGCCAAAAUCAAUUGCAGAUUCUGGGGGUUAUGGCUCGGCUUGUGUGUCAAUUUUUUGGGUCGGUGAAUGAUGGUUUGGGUGGUGGAUUGGGGGCUUUGCCACCUCAAGUUUUGCAGAAUAUGCAGCAUCCAGGAGGCUUGGGGGAUAAUGGGAAGCCGGAUGCUACCUCACCUUCUGAAUUUUUGUAG